GAUCUUCAGUGCUUCAUGGCCCAUCCUUGAUAUCGUUCCUCUAUCACUUUUCUCAUGACUUGAGAUCUGUACAUACAAGAGGAUAAUGGAGACUGAUGUGAAAUCAAGCAUUCGCCGUCCAUCAUGAGGAACUUUGAAAAGCAGAUUCAAUAUUCGAGAGAGCCCCCCUACAAAUGCACUUUGCGCUCAUCAUGCCAUCCUUCACACCAUUUCUCACCUCCUCACCUGACCUGUCGGAAUCCCAAGACGGGGAAUUUUGCACGAUCGCUCCGCUCUACAAGUUUACAAAUUGCCGAAUCAGGCCGGAUACGGAAUGCGAACCAUUUCCGUUUCGUUCUGAGUGGCAUAUUCGGAGCCUCUGAGUUGUCGGAUACUGGCGAAUCGAACGAAACUGAACCAACCCUUGCCAUAGAAACAAGCAUCUGUCGUUCUAAAUAUACUCGGAAGUAUGAAUUCCCCUCCACUUAAGCCUCUUCGUCUUACGGAGGAAACCCAGGUUCAAGAGGUACGAAUCUGUUGUUUUAAGUUUUCCACACAGGGAUCCACUACCAGUGGGCUACGCCCCAAUCUCAGGGGCUCGCUCGCUUGGGUCGAGCUUAAUGAAACCACGAGGGUUUGAAGUUGCCCUCAAACAUCACCUUUGCCCCCCCAUCCUGCUGAUUUUCAUGAGCUCUUUGGUGCAUGAGACCGCCAUGAGACGGUGUUGGCGACAGUCGGCAAACCCAUCACAGUGUGGUUUGUUCUAUCGUGAAUCCUAAUCCAUCGCGGCACCUGGAUAUGAAGUGGCCCCUAACCGUCUUGGCGAGUGCCACUUCGAGGGCUUGGUAUUGCGAAACGCCAUCUUUGCGAGGGACUGCCAGAUUGGAUCCCUUUUGACUUCUCUUUCUCAUCUCAUCUUUUUCUCGUAACUCUGUUAUUGGUGUUCGUUGUACGUUGAAGAUAAGCGUCACUCCUUUUUGCGCGGGCUGUUCCACUCUCCGAUCGAGCGCCAAUGCAUUUAUGCACGGAUUAAAUCAAAUCACCUGUUUCUGUUCCUUCGAGGUCGUCGUCCAUUACAAUCUUUCUCAACUCUAAACGACUUCUCUUCUCCAGCUGCCGGUCACGCUCCGUUACAAAUACUAUCUUUGAUGCAUACGGCUGGUCUGUUGGAUACAUUUAUUUUUGCGCUUGGGUCGGAACGAUGAAGAAUAUCACGAAAUUAUCGUCGCUGGUGGUUGCUACUGUGGCCAGUGUGAGCGUACGGGCGGAAGGCGGUGGGGCAAAUGUGGUGAAGGCGAAUGGUAUACAAGUUAUUCGAGUCGGAGGAGGGUAUGAAAUGUCGAUUCCAGGUGAGAGAUUCGGUCGUCGCUCUCUACGUGGACACAUCUGUAAUAAUACUUCAACUUGUCUGGGACGAUCGCAUUCAUUAAUCGAAAGUGUUCGAAGAGAUCACGAGUUUGAUACUUCUGAACCUUCCAAGAACAGAAUAUGCGAUUGUUUUCGGCCAUUUUGUAUAUUAUACUUUUACCCAAGCAGGAGAGCAACGAUCGAGUCUUCUACCUACAUACAGUAGGCAAUGCUGACUUUCGAAUAGUGGAAAUAUAGGGAACGCGGAACGGAUAACUGCAGCCCCAGCCGCUGCCACACCACAAGCAGGACAACCACAAGCAGAUGAACAGAGGUUUACAGUUGGGCUAGGCCAAAACAACAAGAACGCAAUCGUAGUGGUUAUUCCGGGGGCAAAUCAAAAGCAUGCGAUACCAGAACCACAUAAAGCAAAGCUUGCUAAUAAGCCUUCCGCUGAUAAUCGACCCAUCAGGAACCAACCAAAUGAAGGUGGAAAUAUAACCUCUCCUGCAGGUAUAUUGAUUUUCCUUCCUUGGUCCAUUUAAAUACUGACAUAUAUGACAGGCGGGGGGGCCGCUCCAGGAAAUUCGACAAAUGGCGGAGGAGCUGCUGGAGGGGCUGUUCCACCUCCUCCAGCAAAUGGAGCUCAGCCGGCAAGACCACUUACCACCGAUGCUCUCGUCAGUCAAGGGCCAGGUAAGAAGAGUCCAUCAAGCCAUCACUUGAAGAUUCAAGAACUGACAGUGAUUAUCAGCUGCUGCUAAUCCUGCCCCUGCCCCUGCCGCCGCUACAGGUUAGUUGACUUCUUUAACUUCGUGAAAUGUACAAAAUACUGACUGAAGUAGCCGCGGGUACACCACCAGUUGGUGCCCCUGGACAGGUCGUACCAGGAGUAGGAACGCUCACACCAGGAGGAGCAUGCGAUUGUAGUUGUUUCUGUGGUGUUGGAUCAUUUCCUAAUGGGCCCAAUGUCAACGGUGUUCCAGCGAUGGGUGCAAUGCCAAAUCCUGCAGCGCAAGGCCCAUCAACACUCACUACUGCUGCUAUUAUCCAACAAGGAACUCCAGGAGCUGGAGCCCCUCCAGCUGCCGCUCCAGCUGGUGCCGGAGCACCUGCAGGCGGAUCGCUUUCGAAACCUCUCACAACGGACGCUCUCGUUAAGCAACCAGGUAUGUGGAACUUUCACAUAAUUCUUGAUAUACAUAUAUAUCUAUAUACAUCUCUCUCUUUCUCUGAGUACGUAUUGACAUACAAAUAGGCGCAGAUGCUCCAGCAAAGGAAACUCCAAGACCAGAACAACAAGCGGGACCAGCGAAUGCAAAUGCUCCAAAUGCAGCUGCUCCAGCCGCGCCCACGAAACCUCUUACAACCGAUGCCCUCGUCAAGCAAGAUCCAGCUCCCACUCCAGCUCCAGCAAAGGAAACUCCAAAACCAGAACAACAAGCGGGACCAGCGAAUGCAAAUGCUCCAAAUGCAGCUACUCCAGCCGCGCCCACGAAACCUCUUACAACCGAUGCCCUCGUCAAGCAAGAUCCAGCUCCAACUCCAGCUCCGGCUGCAGUACAACCUGUGCAAGCCCAACCUCAAGUGGCAGGUCCAAAUCCACUGGUGCCGCCGGGUGAACCUGCUCCCAUCGACAUCAGGACGUUCUCGCUUGCAAGUACUCUGCAACUAGGGAGCUUGGCGACGCCGGCGCCUGCUGCACCAAGAUGAUCUGUUGUAUGAAAAGAGUAGAGUGGGGAUUUCCUUAUGUCCGAGAUACACCGAUAAUAAUAGACGAAAUGGUGGAAAAAAAGUGUAUCUUCCAGAAUUAUACCAUGUAAGCGCUUUACGUAACCUUUUAACUUCCUUUUAUUCUUCAAGCCCGGGCUGGGAAAUCUGCGUGGAUCGAAAUAUGUAUAUAGACAGAGGACGGGUCCAGGCGACGCGGAGCUCUGGUAUAGGGAUAGUGAAAUCUUUGUUGUAUAUAUCAUUCACUUCUGAAUCAAGAGUCCACGAAAAUUAAUUCUCU